UCUCACUCUGUCUUAUUUUUCCCCUCCUCACUCGCUCCUUCGAUUCCUUUCAAUAUCCCCUUCGAUUCUUUCACCGAAUUCCUUCAAUUGACGACGAUUGUUAAUUGAAUUCAUCAAAAUGGAAUUUACUGGUAGAGAAGAUGAAGAUGAAAUUGAUAAGAGAAAAGUUGAAAUUGAUAAGAAGAAUUUAAGACCUAAAAAUCAAUAUCCAGUUAAAGAGGAGAAACCUAACUCUCAGAAUGGAUAUGAUAAUGGAGAAGAAUCUUAAGUUGAACCACAAUGGGAAAGGAGCCAAGAAGUUUGUUGAUGCGCUGUUUCUCUUUGUGUCGAAGAAAAAUGAUUACUGUGAUUUUGCGAAAAAUGGUGGAAUAAAGUUCAAAUCGAAGCAGAAGUUUAUAUAUUUCAGAAAUUCUUUUUUCCAGUGAGAUAAAAAUUCACUCAAGCUUGGGCCUACCUUUAAGGCUCUUGAAAGGAAGCUGGACAUCUAUAGAUUCCCCAAGGUCUCCGAUGAUCCACCUACUUUUGAAAACGUUCGUUUUACAAGAUUUAACCACAAGCUAAAGUUGAUUGCUCACUCUAAGAAGAAUCCUUACAAGAAAACACGUUCAAAAAGAGUAAGCAUCAAUGUGAGAAGAACAUCCACAAAUUGGUCUUCAGAUAAAAAAACCCCUUCGAAAACACAUACGAAGAGUGGUGUAAUCAAUUUGAAAUCACCUAUCAAUGUGAACAAGAAAGUUGUUGUCAAAUUGGGAUCACCCAGGAAGAGCACGGUAACAUCUAAGAAAAAGAGUUCUGUAAUUGCAUACACACCUCCAAGGACAAGAUCUCAUAAAGUUUUAGGUGAUACUAAAAAAUCCAACCAGCCUUCCCCGUCUCUGUAUUCACCCCUUAAGACAAAGUAUAGGAAUGCUGUUGCGAGUGCUGAAAAAUACCAGGAGAAGAAUGAGCUCCGUCAACUCUUGCGGAGGAAGAAAGACAUUAUGGGAUCUAUGAGUCUAUAUCAGAAUGAGAGGGAUCGCAAGGACCAACAACUUUCUGAGCUGCAGAAGAAGGAACUAGAAUCUUCCUCAGCUUCUUUGUAUAACCUGGGAAAAACAUGUUUCUUGAAUGCCACACUGCAGUGCUUAAAAGCAGUUUCCGAACUGAGAUUAGAGCUUACCAAAUAUGAAGGAAAUCCAGAUGACUCGGAUGAGUCAAACUUAGUGACAAUGACAGCAAGAGACUUGUUUUCUGAGUUAGAUGGUAGCAAGACACCCGUCUCUCCAAAGAAGUUCUUGAGGCUUUGGGAAAUAAGUAUUCCGAUUACAGUAAGAAGAGAGGACGCAGAGGAGUGCUGGACGAGACUUGUAGAUACCUUUUUAGAAUCUCUUCUUAAAGCAGAAAAUGGGAGUGAAAAUCCCGAGGCUGUGAAAAAAAUCUUCGGAAUUGACAUUGUUGGCAGUGUUCAUUCUGAAGAAACUGGCCAUUCAAGCUCCGAAAAAGCGUCUUUCAACAUGUUUCCAUGCCAUAUCUCAGAUGGAGCGGAAACUCUUCUCGAGGCAUUAAAGAUCGACCUGAAGGACGAGAGGGAUUUGUUUUCAGCUUCCUUGGGGGCUCGAUUCUAAACAAAUGAAAGAAUCACGCAUCGAUGACUUACCAAGCUUGAGCGGGUUCAUCUUGAGUUGGUACUUCCUACAUCUUUCGAAGACCAUUUUUAGGUGAGAUUCGUGGCUCUCAGUCUCUGAAGUCUUAACUAUGAUGUCAUCCACAUAUAUCUCUACCGUCUGAUGCAGUAGAUCGUGGAAUAUGGAUGUCAUGGUGCGCUGAUACAUGGCGCCGGCGUUUUUUAGUCUGAAGGGCAUCACCACGUAGUAGAAGUUCCUAUAUGGAGUUUGAAAGGCAGUCUUCUUUGCAUCCUCUUCAACAAUCUUUAUUUGGUUAUAUCCAUUAAACCCAUCCAUGAAAGAGAAGCGCGUCUUGCCUCCAGUCGCGUCCAGCGUUAAGUCGAUGUUGGGCAGUGGAAAAUCAUCUUUGGGACAAGCCCGAUUGAGAUUCCUAUAGUCUACACAGCACCGUAUCUUUCCAUUCUUCUUCACCACUGGGACUAUGUUGGCUAACCAGGUCGGGUGCUGAAUAGGUCUGAUGAUCUUGGCUUUCAACAGGCGUUCCACUUCUUCCUUUAUUGCGAGAGCGGUUGCCCUCGGGAACUCUCUACUUAUUUGUUUUAUCGGCUGAAAUUUAGGAGACACUCCAAGGUUAUGAGCUACUAGGCUGCUGUCUAGACCCGGCAUUUCAUCGUAAUCGUAGGUGAAAACAUCUCUAUAUUCCCUGAGAAAUGCGAUCAAUGCUUCUCUUUCUUUCGCGUCCAAACUUUUACUGAUCAUGAUUGGUCGCUUUCCAUUUUCUGUUCCGAUGUCAAUUUCUUCUACAUCAUCCAUGGUGAGGUCUUUAGGAGCCCGUUCUUCUAUAGACUGUGUAUUCUCACCAAGUAGUUCCUGUAAUUCUCCAUCAUCGAUUGUACUGUAAGGUAGCUCGUUUAGGUUUUGAUCGUAUGAGGGGGCCUCUACGUUGGGCAUGUCGAAGUUUUGCGUGCUUGUAGAGGCUCCCACGGUUAGUUGCUACAAGCGGUACACGUGUCCCCCAUCUGGUCUUGAGAAACGUUGGAACCUUGGUUGAUCUUCGUUCUUCUGCUUUCUUUCCUCUGGGAACAUCAUCCUGGACGGACUGAAGACCGACUUGGUUGGCUCCGUCUUCUCUUCCUCGCUCCAUUUUGGUAGCGGGUAAGUUUUACCUCGGGAAUUUCAUCUGCUUCCUUAGCCAAAUCAUAAAAAACCACGUCUGCCAUGUAAGCUUCUUCCGGGUCAAAA